CCAAUACAAACAGCUUCAACUGGCGUCGUUCGUUUACGAAGUUUGUACUGAGAAGGAGCAAACAUGUCAGCAACUGGAAAGAAAGAUGAAAAAGCGAAUGGGACCCAACCUGUCAAGAUGCAGCAGACAAAUCUUGUGAAAAUGGAUGGAAUGUUAAGAGAGGCUCUAUGUACUCAAGAGAAAGCAAAUAAAACAUGGGAGAAGAAGUGGGGAUUUAUGACUCAAUAUAGAAAGUUCUUGGAAGAAGAAGCAAAAUCCCGAGGGAUAUCAUUAGAGGCAAUAAGUAAGGGAUCUAAAAAACAAGAGAUUACGACAGGGACAGCAUUCACUGUUCCAUCUUCACCUCCCAUUCCUCUGACUAGUUCAGGUUUCAUUGGAUGGCGAUCUUCCCUGCAGUCUUGCUCCCUUGAGAAAGUGGGUCCAUUCUACAUUAGCCCAGUUCAUACAAUUGAGCCACCAGACCUGCCAAAACAGAAACCACAGCUUACAAUUUUCAUAGGCUGA